GAGGUUUUCAAAAUCAGUGAAGAUCAUAACAUCUUAAAAAUCUGUCAGUGUGUUUCAGGCCUAAAGGAAAACUUCUGUCAUUUUUAACAAUGGGCCUUGUUUUCCCAAGUAUCUGUGCGUGCUCGAUCUUCCACUUGUACAGGUCGUUGGUGGAGGAGUUUAAUUCUGAUGCCUUGUGAGAGACACCAGGAGGGUCACAGACCGGGAAAGUGGAAGGUAAGGGAAACCUUUACUGUUCAGUUCUCAAGACUAAUAUUACAAUCUGAAAUUACAAAACAGAUAACCAAUAGGUUUUCACAUGUGUGUACGGUAUACUUAAUGUUAGCAUUACAUUUUUCAGCCACUGGUGUAGAUGAUAAUGGCAGCAGGUUAUCAUUCUAUCAUUUACUGAGGUAAAGAGUCCAAUUCAAUGGUCAGGCAGCGCUAAGAACACCACUUACUAGAUCAAAUUAUAAACUAUAUCAAACAUCCUGUCUGUUUUGAAUGUAAAUUGUUGAUUACAGCUUAAAUUUGGACUUUUCCUGAACAAAAACGUGUGUUUGGAAUAGAAAGUGACAGACUUUCGUUGCUCAUAUGUAUCAGGUACAAGACCCGUGAGAGAGAAGGAAGUGGUUUGGACUGUUUCUUUAUGACCUUCUUGCCGUAAGUUGAACCUGUUUUUCUUUUACAUAUUUAUCCCUAAACUACCAAAGUAAACUUCAGAAUAUUUGGUGUCAAAUAAUGUCACUUAAACACUAAAACGUAACAGUUGUGCUGACAUGUGUUCAUAAUCGUCUAAGACGUCCUUUAAGAGGCAGAUAAUACUUGCUCUAGUUUUUUUGUUGUUGUUUUGUUUUGUGUCUUUACUGACUAUUCAAUCCAAGUCAGCUUCUUUGAUAAAGAGCCAAAAUAAUUUUAUGAUCGGGUUACAAGAAUAAAAACAGUUUUGAGGGGGCACAGAGACGAUGAUCUCAAUAUGUUCACGCCUUCACCAGUGUAUAAACUCUGACUGUCUUUGUGGUCUUGACAGGAAAAACCCCUCCUCGGUGAUUUUAAUGUAGUGAAACGGAGCAGACUCUGAAUAUAACAGAGUCAGACAGGACAGCAGAGACUCGAUGAUGUCCAUCUUUGUGAUCCUGGGACUGCUGGUCUACGUGGAGGCUAAAGGUAAAAUCUUUUAAAUGAAAAAAAUCAAUUUAAGUGCAUUAAAGACAACAGGAGUAAAUACAAAAAAAAGUCCCCAGUAACUUUGUUUGUGGAAAAAGUGACGAAGACUCUUCAGUUUGUAUGUCAAGUUUCGUAUUACCCUCUUUUCACUAAAGAACAAUUUGUCCCGUUACAUGUUGUGUUUUUUUUUUUCAUGCUUAAGUUGUUAUUUUUGGCAAAUAAUCUCACUCAGCUGACUUUUGACAUUCAUUAUUUCAUGAACUCAGAAUAUUUCAUGUUUUAUAUUUCAAUAUUUCUCACCAGUUUAGAGGCGUUAUAUCGAAGUCGCCAGUCUUGGCCCUGAUUGUUUGCAUUCAAAUAACAUAAAAAGACACAAAUAUGAAUCUCAGUCUGUUUCAUAAACAUGAAAAACUCCUCACAGGAGCUUUAAUUAUUCAACGAUUGUGUGUUAGUAUGUUUUUUGUUUUAUAAGAUUAUCCUGUUAUGCACUCUGACUCCAGAUGGAUGAGCUCAUUAUAUCAUAUGAAUGUAUAAUCUUGACAUAUGAGUGUUUGUAUGAUACAAUAAUACAUACAAACUUCCAUCUUUAUUAACUAGAUCACCUCAUACCCGAGAGGAGAGCCUGAUUUCUGAGAAUAUGACAGGAAGGAAAAAGAAAGUAUGAAAUUAUUGUCAAGUCAUGAAGAUGGCACGGCUGUCAGUCUGUGGUUUAGUAGGUAAAAGUGAUGAAGGACAAAAACCCUCAGCUUUGUUAAUCAAAAGAACACUUUUGUGUAUUUGUAGUUGAUUGUUGUGCAUUUUAGGGCAUAUCUUGGGACCUUGGCUCUGUCCUCUUUUUCUGGAACUACAAAAAGAGUUCCCCAAGCAUCAGUUCUUGGAUCUAUGUUGUUUACAUUUUAUGUAUAUAUUAUUACAAAUCUAUUGAGAAACUGGGAUUUUAAUACGUAUGCUGAUGAUAUUGUCCCUUACACUUCUGCCGACUCUUUGUUAAUAGCUUUGUUAAUCAAAAGAACACCAGGAACAAACAGACACACAGAUAACUACAGCUGUUUGUACCUCUGAGCAUUAAAACACACAAGUGUGCGCUCAGCAAACUUGAACUAAGAUGUUCCUGACACAUCAGUCCUCUUGUAUGGUCGUGUUAUAUUGUACUUCCUGUUUUAUUGUUAUUACACAACACCUUUUGUCUUUUAUUUCGCUGUCUGCUCUGUUGUUGAUUCAGUCUUUAGCUCAGUUUGUACGCACUUUUGUGUAUUUGUAGUUGAUUGUUGUGCAUUUUAGGGCAUAUCUUGGGUCCUUGGCUCUGUCCUCUUUUUCUGGAACUACAAAGAGAGUUCCCCGAGAAUCAGUUCUUGGAUCUAUGUUGUUUACAUUUUAUGUAUAUAUUAUUACAAAUCUAUUGAGAAACUGCGAUUUUAAUACGUAUGCUGAUGAUAUUGUCCCUUACACUUCUGCCGACUCCAUCCGUGUUGCCUCUCAAAAACAGACGCAUGAUCUAAGAGUGGUACUAAACUGAGCAAAGACUAAGUAAACGCUAUUUUCAAAUGUAAAGCGUAUUGAUUCCAACUGUUGUGAAAUUCAAUCUGAUGUCAUAAAUAUCUAAAUAUAUAUAUAUAUUUAAAUAUAUAUAAAAUUAAAAAAAAUUAAUAUAAAAUAUAUAUUUAUUGCUCAUGUUGUUUCAUAAAUUUAUUGUGAUUCAUGUCUAAUUCUUUCCCUCUUACCAUUUAAUUUUUACAAACUGCAUGUUUUAUUCCUGUUUUUUUUCUCCAUUACUACUCUCAAACUUUAUUUGUUUGAAACUGCCCACUUCUAUUUGUAUCUGCUCUACUGUAACUCAGUAUUGUUGCAAAUGAGGUUUCUAUCUCAAUGUGUUUUAGAUAAAAUAAAUGAAUUCUUAGAUUUUUAGCUAAUCGAUUUGAAAAUCAUUUCCCUUCUACAUUUUCACUAUAAAAACAGUCAGAUGAGUUAUUGUUACUUAAACUGCAUCAAUAAUUCUAGUAUCUGCUCUUUCUUGCAGGGACUCCUGUGUUUGUGCAGACAGGAGAGGAUUUACUCCUGGACCUCCAAACUCCUGUUACUCUAGGGAAAGAUGAUGAAAUAUCGUGGAUCGUCAAUAACACAGAAAAUAUUGCAAGAUUUCCUGAUUUUGGGCCUCUGAUUUUCAGCAGUUAUACAGGAAGGGCAGAAUUUUUCACGCAAAAUCUUUCUCUGCUGUUGAAGAACGUGACGAAGAGUGACAACGGACGGUACAGAGCCUGUUUUUCUGGGGAGACCUUCAUAGUUGCAGCUGAAUACAGUGUCAGAGUUCUGGGUGAGUCUCUGAAUAUUUCAAACAUGGGAAUAAAACACUUCCUCAUAUCUAAACUGUUAACUCUCUCCUUGUUUCUCACAGAUCCAGUGUCUCCAGUGAGUCUGACCGUGAACUCCUGCAGCUCAGACUCCUCCAACCUCACAGUGACCUGCAGCACUCAGGACUCUCUCAUCAGAGCAACUUUCACAUGUGACAAACAAACCUGUUCUGAAGAGAGAGGAGACAGAGAAGAGUUUACCACACCUGGGACUUCUCUCAGAGUCUACCUGGAGGAUGGUGCGAUCAUCUGUAACCAUAGCAACCAGGCCAGCAGGACAGAGGACAUCAAAAAGCUUGAAGACUUUUGUACUCCACAUGCCGGUAAGAUUAAAAGACAAAGAUUACAGCUCCAAAUCUGUUUUAUUAUUAAAAAUCUACAAAAAUCUUCAUCAGUUUGUGAUCAGACUCUACUUUGUGGUUUUGCAGGUCCAACCACUUCCUAUACCGGUGUCUCUGUGUGCAGAGUGAAGGUUAUAGUGAUCUCUUCUGGUCUGAUCAUCAUGGUGUGUGCCGUCAUCAGUGUUCACGUCAUAGAGAGGGUCGGGAAGAGAAGAUAAAGAUCCAGCUCUCCUCCAACAAUCCUGUAAAUACUUUAGACUGUGAAGUUGUUGUAGAUUUUGUGUGUAUUGAAGACAAAGAGCUGGUCUUGUGUACUAUUAGUCUUGAGGUGAGCUGAUGGUGCUCCACUUAUUGACAGUGGGUGGUGCUAAAGCACAGAGAAAUGAGGAGGUGCAUGUCAGCAAACUCUGCUGCUGCUGAUGUUUCAUCAGAAUAAACAUUUACCCCAAACUUAGUUACAUUAAAUGAUUAUCAAUAUCACCAAGGUCAUCUUUAGGUGUAAUAAACCUCAUAAUCAUCAUUAAUAAUCAAUCAAUCAAUCAAUAAUCAAAAUAUUGUGAUAGUCAAACAUUAUUCAGAUUAAAUUAAACGUUCCUCUUCCAUGUAUAUUUGUAUUUUAUGUAUAUUUAUAAUUAUGCAAAAUAAAUAAAUACAUAAACACAACAGUGUGACAACAAAGAUAAAUUUCUAUUAUUGAACAUUGUUAAUAUUCUGUGAGAAAAUUCAGACUACACCGUUGUUGCUCCUGAAGACGAUACCUGGACUGAUGAGAAAUCAACAUUCAACUUUACAUUUAAAAUCUCUUCAGCUAUUUCUACAGAAAUAAACAUUUCUGAUGUUUUAUAUGGAGAGGGUCACAAAGCCAGUUUUAUCUUCAUUUUGGACAAUAGUGACGUAAUCGAUUAACUUGGACCCUCAAAACCCCCCAAACACUUUGACUCUGUUUCUGUUGAGGUUCGUUACAUGUGACAGCACUCAUCAUUAUAUCCCAUUAAAGGCUGAGAGGUCCUUUUUUCAAUAAGGACGUCAUGUUCCUUAACUCUUCUUCGUAUACAAAGCUUUUACAUGACAGUAUGAGCUUCUUUAUUCCCCAGAUUAUUGAUAUCAGUCAUGCUCCUAAUAAUCCUUAAUAAUCAGGGUUUCAUCAGUUAAAACAGAGGAAGUCAAAAAGUUGGAUAACUGCUUCGACUUUGUAACCAGGAUAAAAAAUGGUAAGACUGAUGCUACAAAGCGGGACGUCCACAGCUUUUUGAUGGCCACAUUUUUUCCUCUUAGAGACAUUUUUUUUAUAUUAAACUCAUCAUUGGAACUCCGUUCAGAAAGGUUCUUCUAUGUGAAUACUUCAGCUCGUGACAUACCCUCAAAGAUCGGGUUGGGUGGCAGAAAAUAAAAAUUGAGAACAAUAGAGGAGCAGAAGGAGAUGUUUGAGGAGAGAUUUGGCUGGUUCCAGGAAGGAAUGAUGCAGGGAAGCCGGGCGUCUGAUCCCAAGUGAAGAAACCCAGAGCUGCAGGUAAUCCUCAACCAUCCUGAAUGUUGGACGGGGAGCAGUGAAACUGUGAGAGCUGGGCUCAGAGGGAGCAUUCAAGGACUGGUGAGUCUCCCACUUUCAGAUCACUUUUUUGGAUCCUUUUUUUGCAAUGCAUCGAUGACAUUUCCUCUUUUGGUGGAUUAUUUUGUUUUUGGUGUUGUGGAGGACUAUUCUUUGUCGGACGAGGGUGGCUGGAUCAGGACCAUGCCUUGAAAGUUUUCAUUGCCACCUUUUCCAAAGGGAAAUCGGACACUGAAGGGAGGAACUGUAAAAGUUGGGACUCAUCCUUUUGGUUUAGAUUACUUUGGGGGUCAAACUGUUUGUUUUGUGUCGGAGUGGAGUUUAUGGUUUUUGUUGUUGUUGUUUUGGAUGGGGCUUUGAAUUAAAAUUGGUGAACAGUGAAAA